GGCGGUCCUGUCGUUCGCUUCAGGUACAUCAGAAUUAAAGUUUAGAUCUGAAGCCAAGAAGUGACUCCAUGACCAGCAUUUUUUCAUUCAAUUUCAGACACACGAUGAUUCAUUAGGGGGAAAAGAAAACAUGGACAUGGGUCAACAACAUCCUUCUUUGAUUAAGGUUCAGGAAAUUCAGAAGGAAAUACUGGAAACCAAACGACUUGUACUUUUGUUCAGUGGUACUAAAUCUGACAGAGAAUAUAAGCAACUGGAGAGCUCUUUGAUUAAGUUGCUGUUUGAGUUGGAUGCAGUAGAUACAGACGGCAAGACGGCAGUUCAGAAUGGCCGCAAAGUUGCAGCAAAGGACGUGGAGGAUCUUCUGAAGGAGCUGGAGCAAACCGCAACUCACCCGUCACGCCUGAAGGUGGAACAGAUCUUCGGUGAUGCACAGCAGCUGGUUACCAAUGAGCUAUCAUCUGCUGAGGGCUUGAUAACCGAGGAGUUUGCUGAUCGCAUCCAAGAAAUCAUUUUUCAGCUGGCGCAGGUUAAGACAGGAGGGAAAAUUAGCUUGAGGAAAGCCAGAUAUCGAGCACUGACAAGAAUUUGUGCUGUGCAGGACAUCAUUGACAACUGCAUUGGGCGACAAGCACUCAGUUUGCCCCUCUCCACAAAUACACAUCCUUCUGUUUCUAGAAUCAAUUCUGUUUUAUGUGAAGUUAGCAAAGGAAGAUGGGAUGUGAUUGGCCUGCUGAUGAGCCUAAACUCCCUGGACAAUUGUGCCCAUCUGUCCCGUGUCCUCACUGGAUUGUUAAUGCAAUUGGAUGCUAUAGAUGUGUCUGGACACUUGGAGGUGAGAAACUACAGGAAACGAGUGGUGCACGAAAUCAAUUGCUUACUGGGACAUUUGGAGAUGGAAUCAGAGGGAGAGUCUGCGGGACGUUAUGAUUUAGCACAGAAUCAGUCCAUCAAACGGAUAGAGGACAUACGUCAGAAGACGACGCAAUUAAAAUAUCAGCUGCUGCAACUGGAAAAUGCCUCUGAUCUGCACUUCAAACCACAUGCUGAAUUGCAAAGUCUUCUCAGCGAGUUGGAUCAAGUUGACAUUGACAAGAAUCCAUGUAUUCGUGAAGCUAGAAGAAGGUCAGUGGUUGAUGUGCAGGCUGUGAUUGCUUAUUUUGACUUGAAGGAGGCUCUUGAAAAGAGAGAGAACAUGAAGGAGGAACUAACAGAUGAGCACCCUUCACAGAAAGCCAUAUGGGAGGUCCUACGUCACUUAUCAGAAUUUCAAAAGCAAGCGCUGUCAUUUGAUGGUGCUAGAACUGACAAGAAUUAUGUGAUACUGGAAGAAAUGCUUACAAAACAACUUUUAGCACUCGACGCUGUGGAAACUCAAGGAAAUGAUGGUGCUAAGAUUGCCAGAAAACAAGCAGUGAAGUUUGCCCAGAAUAUUUUAAAUUACCUAGACAUGAAAACAGAUGAAUGGGAAUACUAAUUCAUGAAUUAGUAUUUUUAAGCUUAAGCUUUUUGAACAGAAGGGAAUUGUUCAGACUACUGCAUUUAUCAAUGUCAUGCAGAUUAAACCCCAUCUCAUAAGUUAUCAUCAUUUAUAAAAGAAGACUUUACAAAAAAGAUGAACCAAGUUUUAGUACAAAUGAAUGCUAUGGCAAUGUUUUGCAUAUUUUAUUUUAAUGUCAUUAAGGUUAAAGUAAAUUGGUAUUUGGAAAUAUUCUAGUUAAAAUAUUGGAAGAAUUUAAGCCCUAUCACAUGCUGCUUUUCAACAUUUUUAAAAAUGUCAUGUUCAGGACAUCAGCUGAGAAGUGUGGAUCUUCAGCUACAUAUAUUUUCACGGGCAGUAUGGAGUGCUAGAUGCACGCCAGUUAUUUUUGUUUUCUUUCUUUGUGGGCUAUAUGUUUUUUCUAUUUACAUUGGAUUAGAAUAAUUCAUAAUCAUAGCUCAUAGUUAUUUUGUAGUUCAUGUACAGCAUGCCACUGCACUCUCCCAUGGACUGUAUUGUUUUCUUUUCAGACUUAAUAUUAAAAUCAUUUUAAAAUGACAGAUUAUUUCAAGAAUGAACGACGUUGGCAAAGAUUUUACUUUCAAAUAUUAGUGUGUUAGCGAUAUUGAGUGCCUAUACUUGGAGAAUAUUUUUUCAAAAAUUGUUACACUGCACUUGAGAAUCCUUUGACAAAGGUGUGCGUAAACACAUCACGCUUUUGUGGGAUUCCAAAUAAAUAACCGCACAUGACAAAAGUGCAGUUUGAAUGUUAUUUAAUAAUAUUAAAUAAAACUGGAUUUCAAUGAAAUUGAAUUAUAAAGUGUCUGUUUUUAACAAAGUAUUAGAAAUUGAUGGAAUACCUAAACUGGAUAAGCAUCUGAGAAGCAAGCCCUACCAUCACGCUGUGCUCCUCCGUUGUUGACCAUAAGGAAUGUUGCAAAGCUUCGGGGAAAUUACUCUGGAUACUUUCUGAUGAUUACUACAAUAUUUUGUAACAAUGAUUGCAAAAAUUAUCAAGUAUCAAGCAAAUAUAUCAAAUAUGUAUCAAAUAUAUGAAAUGCAUCAAAUCUAAACAUAAAAAAUAAAAACAUCAAAUAUAUCAAAAACAUCAAACAAAAAUAAAACAAUGCAUCUCUCACUAUUAAAUCUGAUGCCUUAAGAAUGAGCCAUGAUGAGGGGGAAUUAGACAGUUUAUUUAAU